AUGGGUACUCGCACUCCUAUAUUGCUUCGUCCUCAUUGGACUAUCAACAAUCAGUUGACUCUGCCUUUAGUGGCGGUUGAUCCCAACGGUCGAACAGCGAUUCGUGGACUCAUGCAGAUGAUUAUUCCGAUUACCAUAUUUCUUGAUACAAUUUUCAGUGAUAAAGCUGGUUACACUGCAAGGUCAUUCGGCAAUGAACAGUAUCAAAUCUACAAAUCUGUGGAGGGCAUAUUACAAACAACAGGAAUAGAUGGAAAAGCGUGUCUUCUUCGUACCAUAUGCGAGAUGCAAACGAACCCGAUUGGAGAGUUUACGGUUGUCGGAGAGAUCAUAACCAUCCUAUUAAGUCCAAAACGAGGAAUCAAUGAUUUUUUACACGACUACAUCGAGGCUGAACAUAUAGGGCAAUCGUCUAACAUGACUUGCGCUAGAGAGUUCUCAGACUGCCCCAUCUCACUUUACAACCUGUUCCGCUCACGUGGUGAUUCAAACGAAAUUGAGCUCGAUGAAAAUGAAGAGAAUGAAUCUUCGGAUAUAGACGACAAUGAAGAGGCUAGUGAACUACAUUUGGAAAACAAGGGCAACCCUUUGGUUGACCAUUCUGAAGAAGAUGGUUUAACAAGUCGUUUCCUUGUGGAAAAAGAUAUGCAUCACAGUAUCCGAAACGGAAUUGAACACUAACCAUUUAAAUUGAGCAAUGUUAAUAUUGACGUCCCCUUCAGUACCGCCUGUGUGUUUACAUCUAUCGAGAAAAAAUGAUGACGGGUAAAGGGUUCAUUCACAUAACUGUUAAAACAUUUUUUUUUAAAUUGUCAAAACUAUUGACUGGCAUCAAAUCGCUUUUCUAUGAUGGAAUAGUGAAAUUCCGGAUCGCUAAUACGUAAAAUGAUUUGGGAGCAAGCAACGGCAAAAACAUUUAGAGAUGAAGGUUAACGUCCAAACCAAGUUAACCUGCCGUCCUAGUAAUUUCCGACUGUUGCUGCAAGAGAUGACGUUUUAGUUUAUGAAAAGCGGCUACCAUUAUUUAUUAUUGACCUAUUGUAAAACUUGCAUGCAUGUUAUAAAGAAAAAUGUAUGAU